UUUUCUUUUUCCGAAUACAUGUUUCGAGCGUCCACUUUCUAACCGUUAUCUCCGACUCUCUUCCGAGAAAAUGGCCUUUUCGUGGUCAUAACGCAAACUUUGCCGAGAGAAAACUCCUAAGGGAGAGUGAACGAGAGAGGAGCUGACGAAGGCCGCCCCGAGUCUUUGAGGCGAAGUCGGGAGCUCGCUCUGAGUCUUCGUUUUUUGUUUCAUCAUCAUAGGUUGGUGAUUGAUAUCUGCGAUGACUCCAAACUGGGGAAGUCAUUUCACGAAGACCCACCAAUAAUAGGGUCGAAGAGACCACUCGUUUUUUAAGAACAUUAAUCAAGACAGGGGACAAAAAGGCUGUUAUUUUUCAAGUGAGUUGCUCCUGGAAAGUGGCUUCAACUCGAUUACUAGAAACCCUACCAAAGGCUUUACAAUGACUGAAAACAACUUAAGAGAAAAUGUGGCGUUUCUCAAUGUAGACAGAGAGACCCCGAGGACCAAAGAGGUCAUCUCACGACGAGAUUCCAAUUAUGGCGAACUGGCCUUGGGUGUGGCCUUUCGGGAAUUCUGUGCCUCGACCAGUUUACAUGGGUGGCAUCACCUGAACCGCGUGAGCUCCCACGGGCGUUUUGUGUGGUUGUUUAUUGUGGUGGCCUCUCUAGGCGUGGCCUCGGUGUUCUUAUUUACAGCUGCCCAAGACUUUACGACCCGUUCGGUUGUCACAACCAUCGACACUACCACGGCAUCCCUGAACAAUGUGUUCUUUCCAUCUGUGAUCGUGUGCAGCAUCAACCAAAUUAAAAAGUCCCUUUUUCGACGGUUGAAACAAACUCAUCCCAAAUUGGAGAUUGAUCUUCUGUAUCAUCAAUUCUACACGGGAAUUAAUAGACCUCUAACCGAAGAGGAGCAGGAAACCAUCACUCAAAUCGCCACUUCCGAGUUCAUGGUGACCCGAUUGAUGCAACAUUGGUCCAUGUUCUUGUCAUCCAACACUACCAACGUGGAUAUCUCUAAAGAUGAUUGGCUGGAGUUCCUUCAAAAUAACAGUGACUUUGUGGGAUCGUUCGAUUAUGUACGUGAUAUGGCGGUCGAAAAUCCUGGCGAGAGCUCGGUGCUUUUUGCGAGAUAUGGGAACUUUUCCAUGAAACCAAAUGGCACCAAUUUCCUGCCAUUCUUUGGGACAGAUAUUGGCUUUUGUACCCUCGUCAAGCCUCAGCUGACAUUCAAUGAGAGCCUGGAUCAUUUGAGUUUUAGUAGCAAAAUGUUCGGACCCAAGGGGCAAAUGGACUCGUAUAGCCGGCAAAUUCCCCUCGGAGCCAAGGUCGGCAAAAGUAACGGGUUGACCUUGCUGUUGGAUUCCGAGACCUUCGAUUACACUUAUCACCAUCACGCCUCCGAAGGUUUCAAACUGGCCAUUCAGCACCAUUUAGACCAACCACUGAUGUCCAUAAAUGAGCUGGAUAUCACACCGGGUUUUGAGUCGCAAGUGGCCGUCACACCCGUUCUUUACGACACCACCGAGGAUGCCCGAGUGCGAUUCAUGCCUGAAGAGCGUGGUUGUUAUUUCGAAGGCGAGGUUACUCUCAAAUACUUGCCCAAGGAGUUAUAUCGUUACGAUAUCAGCAACUGCUUGUUCGAGGCCACUUAUGAGAAGGUGUUGGAGAUCUGCCAAUGCACGCCCUAUUUUCAUUGGGCCGGUUUCAAUGAAUACCAACGCUUCUGUCAAGGCGAGGGUCUAUUUUGCAUGAACGAUAUCCUGUCCAGGAUUGGAGAGUUUAAUGAGGUGUUGGUCCAAGAGACUGACGAUCGCAUGGUCCGAAAAAAGUGUCUAGCCUCGUGUCAAGACCAACAGAAUCAGAUUGCGGUGACCACGUCGAAGCUGCCGAAUCGUCAGACGUUCGUGGAACGUCCAGAGUUUUGCAUUUUGACCGAAAAACUCCAACGCUCUUGUUCCACCCAAUGGAAGAAGUUGGAACUUGAUCUCCAAUAUCCCAAAUUGUGUGAUCUGCUCGAUUCUCUGAAACAACAAGUUCGCUCAGAUCCAGCCAUAGUCGACGAGACAGUAUGCGCUCAUAUUACGAGACAUCACGACCCUUUCAAUGUCAACAAGUCCUCCCUGGCCCAUUUGUUUCUGGAGACGUCUUUUCGAUACGCCCGGGACAAUCUCGCUUUAGUUCAUAUUUACAUCAAACAGCCCGUAGUCACCAAGAUAGUCCGGGAUCAGCGCAUACCUGUGAUCUGGUUCGUCGCCAACUGUGGCGGGAUCCUGGGUCUCUGUAUGGGCUUCUCCAUCGUGACUGUAUUCGAAGUUCUCCAUUACCUCUUCACAUCUCUGUUCCAAAUCAUCAAGUCCAAAUUGCCAUGUGCGGGUCGAGCCCGGCGAUUGCGCCGUUCUCGACGGGCCGAAUCCAAGAGCGGGAAUGCCAUCUCAAACGGACCCAACACUGCCAUUGUUGACCUCGAUCCAGAUCCUGAAGUGAACGGAAAGGCUUCACAAACCAUGAAAAUGGGAAGUGAUCCACAAGAAACCAAUGGAAGCCUCUCUGGAACGGUGCUUUGAUUGUAUCAUAAGGGCUGAAGUUGUAAAUUGGGCUUGGGCGGACAUGUUUUUGGGACAAGAACCCAUGAUGAGUGCCAAGAAAAAAUGGUUUCAUACAAGUACAGAUCUACUGAUAUUCCAUGUAGAUCCUCACAAAAAGACCUGAAUAAGAGAGGCGCGCCUUAAAGAAGGAGAAAACGAGACUUUUAUGGAAAGUUCCUCUUCUUUGCUCGAUCGACCGCGAUGAAAUUAUGGCCUUGUCUAUUUUCUGAACAGGCUCACUCAGUAAUUAGAAACUCUGCCUCCUGUUUAGGAACAACUUUUUUGCGCCCUCUGUUCCAAGCCAAGCAAGUGGUUACACAAGCGGCAAGUUUUUAUUCUUAAUAGCUAAGGAACUUCAAGCACUUGUGCAUUUGAAUUCAAGAAACAGGAACAUUACUGUGUGGUUUUGAAGACCCUCAGAGAACCCAUUAAACGUCCUCCUCCGGAUUCGAAUGCCUGGACGGAAUUUAGAGUUUUAGCACCUGAAAAUGAGCUUUCAUCACAUUAGUUUAAUGCUUGGUGGAUCCGUAAGAAGAUGGUGACGAUAUAAAGACAAAUGGAGUUUUUCCUCACUUACCCAUCACGUGGUUCUAGUUGAUUUUAGGGAGCGACAGCUUAUGAGCAAUUGGAAACUGUUCUUUAUCUAGAGGGAAAGAUGAAGCUUGGGAAUGAUUUUUGCAAUGCUGUACGGUUUAGUAGGAACCUGAUGUACCGAGUAAUGUGCCAAGCAUCUAUUUUCGUUACAACUGCUUGAAUAAA